AUGGCGCGCUUACGACUAAGAGACCUCAUUGCCGCAGCUGUCUUCCUCGCCACUAGUGUCUUGUCCGAAGAGCAGAAGCCGCUUUCAGGAAGCGAGACUGAAGCUCCCUACAAGUGCACUCAUCCGCCUUACAAAGUGCAUCUCUUCUCGCAAUCGCCCCUCGUCCUUUACCUCACCAACUUUGUAACCGCCAAAGAGCGCGCCCAUCUCCUCGACUUGGCAAAAGACCACUUCAAACACUCAGCCAUCAUCUCCUCCAACGGCUCCUCCAUCGACAACAACAUCCGCACCUCCUCAUCCACCACCGUCCCCCUCGACGACCCCGUCGUCCGCUGUAUCGAAUCCCGCGCCACCUCCUUCCAAGGCUUCGACACGCCCGCCAACCACGUCGAGCCCAUCCAGCUCGUGCGCUAUGCCUCGGGCGAACACUACCACUUCCAUACCGACUGGUUCAUCGACCCGGCGCACAGCACGGCGCGCCACGGCGGCCAGCGCGUGAGCUCGUUCUUCGGGUACGUGGGUGUCGGCGAGGGCACGACGGGCGGCGGGACUAAUUUCCCCAUUUUGAACGCGCCGGCCGAUGAGAGGUGGUGUAGGUUUAUUGACUGCGACGAGGAGUAUGAGCGUGGGGUUACGUUUAAGCCUAUUGAGGGGAAUGUGGUGUAUUGGCAGAACGUUGGUGAGGAUGGGAAGGGGGAUGAGAGGACUUUGCAUGCCGGGUUGCCGGUGACAUCUGGGUGGAAGGUGGGCAUGAAUAUCUGGACGAGGGAGGGACCGUUGGGAGAAGAUGUUCGCGGUGAGUGGGCAUGA